UGGAUUUUCCCUCCCGUGCUGACCAAUCAGCUGCUGUUGCCAGGCAGACUUUAGCGGCCGCCCGUGCGAGUCUCCCGCGCCUUCUCAUCUCCGGGUGGCGGCAACGACCAAUGAGCGGGCAGGCCGGCCGUGUAUCCGGGCAGACCCUGGCUCUCACAACCAUUCAGAAAAAGGAAAAUAAAGCAACGCACGAGCCCGCCGCCGAGCCCGGACGGCAGGGCUGGGCUGGAGUGAAGGUGGCUGCGAGCUGUAGCUUUCAUACAGGCAUGGCAGAAGAUGAGCCUGAUGCUAAGAGCCCUAAGACUGGGGCAAGGCCCCCCCAAGGUGGUACAGAUGCUGGGGAACCUACCACACUUCUUCAAAGGCUCCGGGGUACCAUUUCCAAGGCCGUGCAGAACAAAGUAGAGGGAAUUCUGCAAGAUGUACAGAAAUUCUCGGACAAUGACAAGCUCUAUCUCUACCUUCAGCUACCUUCAGGGCCCAGCACUGGAGACAAAAGCUCAGAGCCAAGUACACUCAGCAAUGAAGAGUAUAUGUAUGCCUACAGGUGGAUCCGCAACCACCUGGAAGAGCACACGGACACCUGUCUGCCAAAACAGAGCGUUUAUGAUGCUUAUCGGAAGUAUUGUGAGAGUCUUGCCUGUUGCCGCCCACUCAGCACAGCCAACUUCGGCAAAAUCAUCAGAGAGAUCUUUCCUGACAUCAAGGCCCGAAGACUUGGUGGCCGGGGCCAGUCUAAAUAUUGCUACAGUGGUAUACGAAGGAAAACCUUGGUGUCUAUGCCACCCUUGCCUGGACUUGACCUAAAGGGUUCAGAAAGUCCAGAAAUGGGCCCAGAAGUAACCCCAGGACCUCCGGAUGAGUUGGUAGAGGCCGCCUGCGCCCUGACCUGUGACUGGGCAGAGCGGAUCCUGAAACGGUCCUUCAGUUCCAUUGUUGAAGUUGCCCGCUACCUGCUCCAGCAGCACCUCAUCUCUGCCCGAUCUGUACAUGCCCAUGUGCUUAAGGCCAUGGGGCUGACUGAAGAGGAUGAACCCGCCCCUAGGGAAAGGCAUUCUAAAUCCAAGAAUGGAGCAGAGAAUCUGGAAGGUGGAGUCCAUAAGAAACCUGAAAGGCCAGCUCAGCCUCCUAAGGAACUGGAAGCCCGGGCAGGGGCUAGCCCUCCAGUGCGUGGUGAUCGGAAGAAGAGUGUAAUUGAGAGCUCGGCCUCAGCACCCAGUAACCCACAGGUCAAUGCCCUAGUGGCCCGGCUGCCUCUGCUCCUUCCCCGGGCCCCUCGAGCACUGAUUCCACCAAUUCAAGUCUCUUCACCCAUCCUGGCCCCCAAGAUUUCUUCAAGCACACUGAAAGUGGCUACACUACCUCUUCCCAGUAGGGCUGGAGGACCCCAAGCAGCGGUACCCAUCAUUAACAUGUUCUUACCAACUGUUCCUGCUUUGCCUGGGCCUGGACCUGGACCUCAGUCUGGGCCAGGCCCAGGGCGAGCCCCAGCUGGGGGACUUACUCAGUCUCAGGGAACAGAGAACAGAGAGAUAGGCAUAGGUGGUAACCCACGACCCCAUGACAAGGCUGUCAAGAGGACAGCUGAAGUACCAGUAAGUGAGGCCAGUGGGCAGGACCCAGCAGUUAAAGCAGCAAAGCAGGAUACAGAGGAUACAGUAAGUGAUGCCAAAAGAAAACGUGGGCGCCCUCGAAAGAAGUCUGGUGGAAGUGGGGAAAGACAUUCCACCCCUGAGAAGUCAGCAGCUGCCAUGGACUCUGCCCAGGCCUCAAGGUUAUCAUGGGAGAAGUGGAGUUCAGGAGGGAAAAGCAACUCAGCUGGAGAGUCAGAGAUGCCAGGGCCAGCAGGAGAGGCUGAGCAAGGGGCAGCGCUUGCCCUUGGUCAGGAAGAUGUUGCUGGUUCCAAAGGAGGAAGGGCCCCCAGUUUGCAGCAAGCCAAAGAAACAGAAGAUAAAAUUGCUCUUGUUCCCCCAAAAGUGAGUGUAAUCAAGGGCAGCAGAAGCCACAAGGAGGCUCUUCAGUUUGUAAAAGGAGAGGCAGACACUGCAGCGCAGGGAAAAGGCUUCAAGGGGCAUGUCCUUCAAAGAUCCUUAACCCAUGAGCGGAAAGAUCCUAAAGCAACACCCCCCUGAUAGACCUGUGGGGAAGAGUGGCUAGAUCUACAUAUUAACUACCUGAUCGCCUGCUAGAGGCCUUUCUCUGCACUUGCUUCUUACUUGGCUGUUUCCCUAAGGGAAUCCAUUGUCCUCUGCAUAGACGGCUGAGUCACCCAGUGUUACAUAGAGCCUGGUGGCUGCUUUUAACCUUUCUAGCUCAAUACUUUGACUUUCAUAUAACACAAAUCUGUAGUGGCCUUCUGGUCUGGAUCCCUUUGCUCUCCUCUGGGAAGGCAAGGGUAAGUAUGAUGAAUGUAUAGCUAAGGAUCUCCAUAACCUAACUCAAACUCAUUUAUCGGCUCAUGUAACUGAAAGUCUAGAGGUAGUGCUGGCUCUAGGCGAAAUUAGACCUGGCAAAAUCAGUACGUUUCCAAAAACCUGAUUUUUGGUCUCACUGCUCCACCUAAUGUAAACCAUCUUAAGCCCGGGUCACCUCAUAGCUGCCAGCAUGCCUAAGAUUACAUGUUUGCCCAUUUAUGACCAAUUGGAAAGAGAGGGUAUCAUUGUGCCAGAUAUCCUAGUAAAAGACUCACUGAUUAAGCCAGCCUGGUCACACGUCCACCCCUGACCAAUUAGUGUGGCCAGGAGGAUGGUAAGCAGCUAUGCUUAUACCACACCUUCAGGGGAAAAGGGUAGAAUCAGCCUCCUUGAGGUCAGAUUCCACAGAUGAAGACUGGGUUUCUGGGAGGCAGCUAACAGCCUUCAACAACUACCAGGUGCAUGCAUUUUAAGCUUGAUAAGUCUAGAUCAGCUAGACUUUCCCUUCAGUCUUGCAUUUCCCUUACCGCAGCUAUAGCUUCUUUCCUCUUGAUCUGGCCUCUGAAGAGAGAGAAGGAAGUCAUUCUCCUUUGGAGACUUUCUUCAUCCUCACCUAUUAGACACAUACUUUUUUUCCCACCUACAUCUCAGAAACAGACCUUUUGUUUUCUUCUCUUUUUCUGAACUUACACUUUCUUCUCACUCCCUAUCCCCCAGUCUGUUGCCCCUUUCACCAAGUAGAGUGAGAUUACUUCCUAGUUAUUUCAUUAAAUUCAUUCUGUAUCCACCAGGUGUCAGUCUCUUGUCAUCCAUGUGUCAGGCUGAAUCUGUGGGGUUUAGGCUGCUUGUACAGAAAGAGGUGGUCCUUCAUGUCAGGGAGCUCAGGUGGGAAGGAGAUCCAGAUCCUCUGGGUAUGUCCAUGAGAAAAGCAGUAAACCAGUCCUUAUUUAUUGAGGACCUCCUUUGUCCUCUAAGUAAGAGAGCAUCUGUCAGGGAGUCUCGGCUCUUCCCAAGAAAUACAGAUUUUUCUUUCUUUCAGGGAGAUGGCAUUCAUUUGUAUUUCCACCAUAAAAUCCCCAGUUUUUUUUAAAAUUAUAACGUGAUAUUUGAUAUCUAUAAAGAAUAUAUGUAACAUGAAUAAAUUAUGAUAUGUAACAAUAAAAUGAGUACCUAUGACCCAUCACUCGUAUAUAUAUAUAUAUAUAUAUAUAUAUAUAUAUAUACACACACAGAUACACACACACACACACACACACAUAUAUAUAUAAUCAUUAGAAAUACUAUGUUUAUAUCCCUGCCCCACCCUAGACCCCCCCUUUUAGAGGUAACCACUGUCCUUAAUUUAUAUUUAUAAAUCAUUUGUUAUAUGUAUUUCAACCAUAUGUAUAAUAUCUUUUUAAGAAUAUAUUUAGUUUUUUAGCUUUACAAGUGUUACAUUUCAUCCUUUGACAUUUGCUUUCAUGCACUUAACAUUGUUUCUAAAAUUCAUCCCUGUUGCAAAAUUGUGAUUCAUUUUCAUCUGUAUAAUAAUCCAUUAAGUACAUAAAGCACAACUUUACCAUACCUGUCAAUGGA